UUGACAUGAAUGAAAAACAUAUUUUGAAAAGAGUUUUAUAAGACAGUACAAGUUUUGCAUUUCAUGUAAGAUAAUGAAAAAGUGUGUUUAACUUGUUCAUUUCAUGGAAAAUGAAUAAAAAUAAUGAUACCAUAGGGUCAAGUCAGGAUAAUCAAGACAAUAUGACUGAAGAUUUAGAUAAAGAGACAGAAAAAGUUUCCUCUUCUGCACCUGACAGGCGAAAGACUUCUAAGCCUAUCAUGGAGAAGAGAAGAAGAGCAAGAAUCAAUGCAAGUCUCACAGAAUUGAAAACAUUUCUUUUAGAUGUCAUAAAAAAAGAAGGUUUAAGACACAACAAAAUGGAAAAGGCUGAUAUACUAGAAUUAACAGUUAGACAUUUGCGUCAGCUCCAAAGGCAACAAUAUACAGUUUCAACAUCCGAUGAAGGAUCAACAAGUGACACGUUUAGAUUAGGUUUCAGUGAAUGUACAUCUGAAGUGACUAAGUUUCUGUCAAGAAUUUCUAACAUAGAACCUAAUUUCCAAGUAAAACUAUUGGAACAUUUGUCGAUGUGUUCAAGCUCAGAGGACAGUCUAAAGAGUCCUAAUGUGUCCAUUUCACCCGUAAGGUCGAGUUCUUCUAUGAAAUCAGACAUAACGAGGGAGCAUCAUAAUUUUGAAAAGUGUGCGACUAGUUCAAUGGCGUUUGAAAAUACUGCAGACAUUUUGUAUAACAGUCACCAUACUGACGAUAAUUCAGUGAAACCAGGAAAUGCUAGCUCAACACAAAUGUGCAAUAUGUCUUCGCAACAGUUAACAAUGUUGCACGCAGACCAAUUGACUCAACACCCAUCAAGAGUAAGCUCAACAGAUAUGCACAAUUUGUCUUUUCCUCAAUCAAAAAUGUCAGACACAAACAGACCGAUACAACAAUCAGUAGGCAUAUCCACAAUAGCGAAUGAUGCUUCUGUUCAAGCUUUUCAGCAAUUAAAAACAUGUGCCACUCCGAUUGGAAACGCAUCUGGUAAUGUGGCUUUUGGAAACAUAAUAAGCGGCAUACAACUAGUUCCGGUCCAGCUUCCUUCUGGGGAAACUUUUUAUUUUAUUCCAACUAAUAUAUUGACUAAUAAUUGUGUUCCUAUUGGUAAACCAUCUGUUCCCAUCACAAAUUUCUUAUCUCAAAACACUUCGCAACCAACGGCGUCGUCUGCAUACCCGUGUGUUCAAUCAUCCCCAAGAACGGUCAUAGAAACUAUCCGAAUACCAUCACGUAGUCCGAUGGAAACGUAUACCAAAAAUAACCAAAAUGAAAGGACACUUAACUUUGAUAGGACAAUAGGAAAUAAUAUAGAACAAAAUGAACCAAAUGUUACCAGAAAUGAGCAUCAAAUAUCAUUACAACAACAUGGAACCUUAGAACCCGUAUGGAGGCCAUGGUGAAAUAAAUUCAGGAUGACUUAAGCGCUCUUUUUCAAGAUGAUACAUUAAAAAUGGAGAGAAGAAAAUCGUUGAAUUGGGAAUUAUUUACAAUGCAAGUCCAAAACAUUUAGUACGAAUUCUAUGUUAAUAAUGGAAAAUUACAAAAAAUGACACAAGCUUUUCCUUAAAGUGCCAUUUUGUAUAAAAAAUAGCAUUUUGAUACGAAACUGCUUAACUUAAUAGCAUAACAUAAGAGUUUAGAUACAUGUCUUGUUUGAUAGCAUACGGAAAAUACAGCAAAAUAAUUGAAAGCCAAAUAUAUGCGAAAUAGCAUUGAUCGAUUCAUAAUUUAUAUAUAUCAAGUAAAAAUCUCUUUACAUAUAUACUUUGUUUUGCAUUUCUCAUGCAUAACAUUAAAAUGUUCGAUAACUGUUUUUGUUUGUGAGAGCACAAAACGAUUCUUCUCUAUCUAGUUCAAAUUUGCAUUCAUUUCGCGAGAUCACCAUGUACAAAAGUCAUCUGCCUUUUCGUACCUACAUUUACGAGUUAAAUGUUCCUAAAUGUUGUUUUUUAUAUCCUCAGAUUUAGAUCUAUCGACUUUGUGUCAAAUAAUCUGGGCUUUUACUUUCAAAUGUGAGCGUGGCUUCAUUUAACACAUAAUGAUUCAUAUUGCUUCAUCUCAUGACUACGUUCAUGCAAUGAUGUGGUCUGUGAGGAUUUUCGUCCUUCAGUGUGCAAGAUAUAUUAUUUGGACUAAGAAUAUCAGUAAAGCUAAAUUAUAGGAUAUGGAAAGCCACAUCUGUCCUACAUUA